GACUUGGUGGUACGGCAUAUCCACAAGCAGUGCAGAUCGCGCGGCUGGGUGAGUGAUGCGUCGUGCACAGGUGUGACAGUUCGUACUGCGGGCGAGUCAUUCUUGUCCUUCCCACAGGUCAACGAGGAGGAGACUGAGCGUAUCGACCUCGCCAAGAUGGCACAACAACUCAAAUGCGAGGUGCUCAUUGUCGCCAAGACGCGCUUGUUCUCGCGCAUCAUCUCACAGCUUGUGCCAACGGCCGAAAUGAUGCGUGUCGACGACGACAUCAACUUGCAGAUCGUCGACACCAUCGAGGACAUUGACAAGAUCCGUCACGGUCACUUUGCCGCGCUUGUACGGGAGCCUGGACUUUUGCUCGUCUGGAGCAAUGUCGUGGCUGCUGUCGUACCUCACGCAGAGCGUAUUGAGGAAAGACUUGUACACACUCUCUGGGACAACAACACAAAGAAGGCCCUUUUGCCUACUGUGGUGGAGACUUCGAAUGAAGUGGAGGACAUUGACCUUGAGGCCGCCAAGGAUAUUGACGAGCGCCCCAAUCUUGUCAUCGUCUCAGCACUGAUUGCUGGUGCCAUCAUCCUGCUUGCAUGGUUCGUUGCUGUCAACAUCAAGAAGCUUGUCAUUGAAAUUCGCGUCGAUGGCAACAUGACCCGACUCGCACUUUUGGCAUAUGUCCCUUUCACCUACCUGUGGACUUCCUUCUUCGCCAUCGUACUUACUGGCUUCCUCUUCCAAGUGUUUGGACCCAUCUCUCAGAUGAGCAGUAAUUCCCGCUUCUACUCGGCUUUGCCUCCCAAGCGCCUGACAGAGAACUUGCCAGAUAUCACCAUUCAGUGCCCAGUGUACAAGGAAUCGCUCGACCAGGUCAUUAUGCCUACUGUUGCAUCGCUCAAGAUGGCAGUUGCCACUUACGAAUCCCAGGGUGGCCGCGCCUUCUUGUUCUUCAACGACGAUGGAAUGCAAUUGUUGGACGAAGAAGAGAGAGAGGCUCGUCAGAAGUUCUACCUUGCCAAUGACAUCGCUUGGGUUGCUCGCCCUGCUCACGGCAAGGACGGUUUCGUUCGUGCUGGACGUUUCAAGAAGGCCUCGAAUAUGAACUACUGUCUGAACCUGUCUAUGUUGGUCGAGGAUGAGAUGGAUGCGCAAGAGGAUUCUGGGCGUGUGCUCGACGCCGAGGCUGCUCUUGCCGUCGCUCUAGAGAAGUCUGAGUCAUUCGGUCCGCGUGCCGAAGGUGCCGGUGAUAUCCGUAUUGGCGAGCUCAUCCUCCUCAUCGACUCUGACACUCGUGUGCCUACAGACUGCCUCAUCGACGCUGCUUCCGAAUUUGCCCUGUCUCCUUCCCUUGGUAUCCUUCAACAUGCUUCUGGUGUCAUGCAAGUCACGCACGACUUUUGGGAGAACGGCAUCACACACUUCACCAACGGUAUUUACUUCGCUAUUCGCUAUGCUUGCGCCUCCGGCGAUGCAUCGCCCUUUGUUGGCCACAACGCUUUUUUGAGAUGGGCUGCUAUCCAGGAGAUUGCUCACGAGACCAAGCAAGGCUUGCAGCAAUGGUGGUCUGAGGAGCAUGUGUCUGAAGAUUUCGAAAUGUCGCUUAAGAUUCAGAUGAAGGGUUACAUUGUCAGACUGGCGGCUUACUCCAACGGCGAGUUCAAGGAAGGUGUCUCUCUCACUGUGUACGACGAGCUUGCCCGUUGGCAGAAGUAUGCCUAUGGCUGUUCCGAGUUGGUGUUCAACCCUUUCAAGGACUGGUUCCGCAAGGGACCCAUUACACCCAUCUUCCGUCUCUUCCUGCGCUCCAAUAUGAAGUCAUUUGCAAAGUUCACCAUGAUGGCAUACAUUGCCACCUACUAUGCUAUUGCUGUCGGAGCUGGAUUGACGAUCAUCAACUACUUCGUCAUGGGUUGGUUCUCUUCGACUGUUGACCAGUUCUAUGUGCAGAGUUUCGACCUUUUCGUGCCCAUCAUCAUUGUCUUCAAUGUUGUCUGGCCGUUCGUCAAUGCAUUCCUGCGUUUCCGUGUCAAGGAGGCCAGCUUCUUCAAGGCAUUGCUCGAGAACUACAAAUGGGGAAUGAUGAUGUCUGUCUUCAUGGGCGGUUUGUCGAUACAUCUUACCACGGCUCUUCUUUCUCAUCUCUUCUCCAUCAACGUCAAUUGGGGCGCCACCAGCAAGACGCUGGAGAACUCUUCCUUCUCUCGCGAGAUUCCAAAGAUUUGGAAGCAGUUCCGAUGGAUGUAUUUGUUCCUAUUCAUUCUGGUGGCGAUGAUGAUUGCCAUUGCCUUUGGUGUGCCAGAGGACUGGAAGAUUACUGGUCUUGUGCCAACCAUCUGUCUAGCUUGGCUCAUCGUCACACACGCCCUUUUGCCUGUUGCUUUGAACCCU